AGAACAAUGAAUGGGCAAGUACUGAUGUUUGUCUCUCUCUUCGCCCUCGACGCAGCGUUUGGCCAAGCCAGCUAUUCUAUACCAGAGGAAAUGAGCAGGGGAUCUUUAGUGGGCAACAUAGCACAAGAUUUAGGUUUGGAAAUACGACGUUUGAUUUCAGGCAAAGCCAAGAUUUAUUCCAGGAACAAUGAAGAAUACAUCGAGUUGAGCCGAGAGAAAGGACUCCUCCUCGUUAAAGAGAGGAUCGACAGGGAGGCUCUUUGCGCACACACUGCGCUUUGUGCGCUGCAUUUAGAAAUUAUUUUAGAGAAUCCUAUGGAAUUUUACAGCGUCACUGUGCAGAUUACAGACAUUAAUGAUAAUGCGCCAAGCUUUGAAAAAAAUGAAAUGAAAUUUAAAAUAAGUGAAUCAAUGACAGUUGGUGCAAAAUUCGUUUUGGAAAGGGCAGUAGAUCUUGAUGUUGGAAUUAACGACCUUCAGAAUUAUGAACUAAAACCACCAGAUCAUUUUGUUCUUAAACUGCAAAAUAAUGCAGAUGGAAAUAAAAAUGUGCAAAUGGUUUUAAAAAAACCUUUAGACCGAGAGAAGGAUGAACAAAUGUCUCUCGUGUUAACAGCUGUAGAUGGAGGAGAGCCACGUAUGUCAGGAACGAUGUUGAUUCUCAUUACAGUGUUAGACGCUAAUGAUAAUGCCCCUGUUUUUACACAAUCCACAUACAAAGCUACUGCUACUGAGAAUUCACCUGUAGGUACAAUCAUGGCCACUGUUUCUGCUACUGAUGCAGAUGGUGAUUUGAAUUCUAAAAUAUCAUACUCAAUAACAAACACCCUAGACAACGUUAGGAAUAUAUUUGAUGUAGAUAAAGAAAACGGCCAGGUUUCAUUAAUUGGAAAUAUAGAUUUUGAAAAGUCUAGACAUUUUCAAAUUAAUUUGCUUGCAAGUGACGGUGGUUUCACCGAUUUUUGUAAGUUAAUAGUAGAUGUACUUGAUGUAAAUGAUAACAAGCCUGUAAUUAAUAUCAUGUCCAAAUCAAAUGUCGUGUCUGAGGAUGCUGAAAUAAACACGGCCGUUACAAUGAUCAAUACAGAAGAUUUAGAUUCGGGAGAAAAUGGAAAUGUGCAUUGUUUCAUAAAUGAAAAUAUUCCAUUUGUUUUGAAAAUCUCUAAAAACAAUUUCUAUACACUCGUAACAGAUAGCGAAUUAGACAGAGAGAAGUCAGGCGAGUAUAAUAUCACAGUGACUUGUUCCGAUGAGGGCGUGCCCUCCCUCUCCAGCAGUGUCACUCUCAAUUUACACGUCUCAGAUGUGAAUGACAAUGCCCCUCUCUUUGACAGAAGCUCUUAUGAGGCCUCAGUUGUAGAAAACAACACACCCGGUCUCUCAAUAUGCACUGUGAAAGCAAGUGAUGCUGACUGGAACCAGAAUGCUCGUGUUUCUUACAUGCUGGAGGAUUACUCUGUCAAUGGAGUGCCAGUCUCCUCAUACGUGUCUGUCAGUGCUGAGAGUGGAGUCAUUCACGCAGUUCGUUCUUUUGACUUCGAGCAACUCAAAGAGUUCCACUUUCACGUCAAAGCUCAGGAUGGAGGCUCCCCUCCUUUGAGCAGCAACGUGAGUGUGACCAUCCACAUCCAGGACUCCAAUGACAAUGGACCUCAGGUCCUCUAUCCUCUACAGACGAGUGGCUCAGUAUUGGCUGAAAUUGUUCCUCAUUUGGCAGACGUUGGCUACCUAGUGACUAAAGUGGUGGCUGUGGACGUAGACUCUGGACAGAAUGCCUGGCUCUCAUACAAAGUGCACAAGGCCACAGACAGGGCGCUGUUUGAAGUGGGCCUCCACAAUGGAGAAAUAAGAACUGUCCGCCAAGUGACUGAUAAAGAUGCUGUCAAACAAAGACUGACUGUUGUCGUGGAGGACAACGGGCAGCCCUCUCGUUCAGCCACAGUCAUUGUUAACGUGGUGGUAGCGGACAGCUUCCCUGAAGUGCUGUCAGAGUUCACUGACUUUAACUUGCAUGACAAGGAAUACAACGACAAGCUGACUUUUUACUUGGUCUUGGCUUUGGCUGUGGUCUCCUUCCUCUUCAUCACCUGCUUGUUGCUUAUCAUUUCAAUCAAAGUGUACAGAUGGAGACAGUCUCGCAUCCUGUACCACUCCAACCUGCCCGUCAUUCCGUAUUAUCCGCCACGUUAUUCGGAUACUUUAGGGACGGGGACGCUCCCGCAUGUGUACAAUUAUGAAGUGUGCAGGACCACUGACUCCAGGAAAAGUGACUGUAGAUUGGACAGAACUGCUAGUCACAAUUUGCUGGUGAUGGACCCUACCCUGACAAGGACCAUGCCGAUGAGACAAAGUGAAAAGAAUAUUCUGGAUGAGCCUGACUCUCCUUUAGAGGUUAGUUUUAACAUAUUGUACGGCCAAGCCAGCUAUUCUAUACCAGAGGAAAUGAGCAGAGGAUCUUUAGUAGGCAACAUAGCACAGGAUUUAGGUUUAGAAAUACGACGAUUGAUUUCGGGCAAAGCAAAGAUCUAUUCCAGGAAUAAUGAGGACUAUAUCGAGCUGAACCGAGAGAAAGGAGUCCUCCUUGUUAAAGAGAGGAUCGACAGGGAGGCUCUAUGCGCGCACACCGCGCUUUGCGCGCUUCAUUUAGAAAUUAUUUUGGAGAAUCCAAUGGAACUUUACAGCGUCACUGUCGUGGCAAUCCUGAUCCAGGACUCCAACGACAAUGGCCCUCAGGUCCUUUACCCUGUCCAGACAGGCAGCUCUGUGCUGGCCGAAAUGGUGCCUCGUUCAGCAGACGUGGGCUAUCUUGUCACUAAAGUGGUGGCUGUGGAUGUGGACUCUGGACAGAAUGCCUGGCUCUCGUAUAAAGUGCAGAAAGCCACAGACCGGGCGCUGUUUGUAGUGGGUCUCCACAAUGGAGAAAUAAGAACCGUCCGCCAAGUGACUGAUAAAGAUGCUGUCAAACAAAGACUGACUGUUGUCGUGGAAGACAACGGACAACCCUCCCGUUCAGCCACAGUUGUUGUUAACGUGGCAGUGGCGGACAGCUUCCCUGAAGUGCUGUCAGAGUUCACUGACUUUAGCAUCCACGACAAGGAGUACAAUGAUAAGAUGACAUUUUACCUAGUCUUGGCUUUGGCGGUGGUGUCAUUCCUUUUCAUCACCUGCCUGCUGCUCAUCGUAUCAGUCAAAGUUUACAGGUGGAGACAGUCUCGGAUCCUCUACCAUUCCAACCUGCCCGUCAUUCCAUAUUAUCCUCCACGGUACUCAGAUACUUUAGGGACGGGGACUCUCCCUCAUGUGUACAAUUACGAGGUGUGCAGGACCACUGACUCCAGAAAAAGUGACUGCAAAUUGGACAGAGCUGCUAGUCACAAUGUGCUGGUAAUGGACCCCAGUUCUACAGGGACCAUGCAGAAGAUGUACAGAGAAAAAAGCAUCCUGGAUGAACCUGACUCUCCUCUUGAGGUUAGUUUUCCUACAUUUUAA